AUGUCACCUACUAUAUAUGCUAUAAAUAUCAGACCUAAACAACGAAAUGCAUUUUCAUGUAAUAAACAAGAUAAUCAAGCAUGGAUAUGGAAUUCCGUUGAUGGAACUAUUCAAAGUAAACAUAAUGGUGCAUGUUUAACCUGGAAAGCAGAGCUUGAAAUAUGGGCAGGUCCACUUUCAGAUGGUUCACAAGCUGUAGUUUUACUCAAUCGUGGUAAUUUCGGAAGUGAAACAAUAACAGUGAAAUGGAGUGAUAUUGGAUUUCCUGUUGAUCAUUCAGCUGUAGUUCGUGAUUUGUGGGCUCGAAAAGAUCUUGGAACAUUUACUGGUAGUUAUACAUCACCAAAGAUAGAUCAUCAUGCUGUAAUGAUGUUAAAAAUUACUCUGAUGUAG